AUGCCCGCGCAUGGCCACCCUGCCCAGGCAUCAGCGGCAUCGGUGACCAAGUGGAAGAAGCCCCAGGGAGCUCGUCCGUCCAGCAGCACGCUUUUACCGUCCCCUGUUGCGUCCCUGGUCAGCUUGGUGACGCAGUCGACCUCCCUCUCUUUGCGGCUGUGGACGUAUCUGGGUAGUUUUGUGAUAAAUAGUGCUAGAGCAACGACUCUCACCGGGUUAGAGCUAAGCAGGGCCGUGGUAGAGGGUAUCCUUAUCCGGGCCGGUCGAGAUGUGGUCUCUCGGAGCAGUGACGAGCACGGAAGAUCGGAGGCAGAGUCACUCUUGGAGCGAAGCCUGGCAACUCUGCACACGACCAUUACUUCCGCUUCAUUCUUCGCCUCCGCCAGCUUCCAUCUUUCCUCAGUCACCCUCUCUUCGGUGACAUCAUUCUCUCAGACGCUUCUUUCGACACUCGAUGCCAUUCUUGGAUCUACCGAGUCAUCUAGGGCAAUCGCCUCGAUCAUUACUCUCAUUCGACGUGAAUUUCGCAAUCCCGAGGUGAUUCCGCUUGGAGAGACGGUUGGUGUUGGAGACUUGCUUGUUGGCUCCGUAGGAUUUGUUCUAUUGCAACGAUGGGGCCGUAGACAGACGGACAAGGAAACUAGGCAGAACGGGAAUGAGGAAACCAUAUGGGACGUUGUCAUCCUCGACAAUGGCCUGAGAGCUGACGUUGUUGGGACUCACCAAACGGCGUUUGGGGAAGAAAUAGAUGGAGGUGAUUCUUCGUCCUUACGACCCUCAUCUUUCCUUUUACCUGAUACCAACGGAAAUGAGAGUCUAGAUGCAGUUGAACGAGGGAACCUGUCUUUCAGCCACCUCAGUCAUCUGGUUCCCCACGUAUCUCUUCCCUCAGAUCGCCAACAUGAACUUGCGGAUGAUGAGAUUCGCCGUUAUAUUGCAGAGCAGCUGCCACGAGGUUGCCACGCAACCAUAAAGCUUGAUACGGUCACCGCCCGGACAAUCACUGUAGACGUUUUCGACUCAGGCCGUGUCAACAUCUCUCCUCCGCCUGGAACUACAAAGAUUGAGGAAAGGGUACAGCCGGAAUACAAUAAUGCAAUUAUUGGCUCGGAAUUGACGGGUGAAACUCUCCCGAAACACACAAUUGUUUUUAGGACGGUGUCGAACUCCUUCCAGGACUCAGAGUUACGGAUGCCUUCCCAAGUGGCCUCACCAGACGCCCAUUACGGUUGGCCUCAGGUAGAUUCCAGGGAGAAUACCCCCAAUGAAGAUUCGAGGUUCACACCGUCGGCUAGUAUUGAGACUAGCCCCGAGAUGCGGCCAAAGCGUGCUCAUCGGCGCCGGAGGACUUCUGCAUCAGACACGAGCGGUUCUGAGACUCCAAGAAGUGUUAGAACUAGAUCUUUCGCACGCAUAACUAGCAAAGUGAAGGCUAACGCAGAGGAAAAACCCGCGGGUGGAUUGACAAAGAAGUUAUCGAAUGUAACGCAGAGCAACCCAACUAUAAGUGCAUUUCACGAAACCAGGAGCCGGCACAAAAAUGAGUUAAAAAAAUCAUUAAGCUCCAGCAAAGAAAGGGAGGAGAAGAAUACCUCUGCUGUAAAAAAUAAGGCAGUGAUGUCAGAUGCCACAAAUAGAAUCAGGCCACUAUCCCCUAAGAAAGAGAAAUCUUCUCCAAGGAAGACUGAACGCGAAGCCAGCUCCAAUGAGGCCAGUUCCGGGAAUCAGCUGGCAUCCAGCCGCUACUUACUUCGCGAGAAAGGCUCGGAGUCGUUCACUCACUCGGAUGCCUACUCCAUUCGAUCCCCAGAGACACAGCCUGGCUCCCCAUCUCUUUCCAGGGAACAUAUUCGCAGCAACUCUUCCUUGUCAAAGGCUAGGUCGGAGAAAGAUAUGUCUCUUUUUCUCAACUUCGCCAGCCGCCCUGGCACCCCGAUGAUGUCUCGGCGCAACUCUUCCAAAUCUGCUGUUCCUAGCCUUUACUCCAUUGCUACAGGAUCCGAAACCUCGCUCCUACUAGCACCUCGAACAGGGAAGAGUGCAUAUGACGACAAUUCCGCACUUUCAUCCCUUUCACGCACUGGGUAUGUUCCCGGGCUCUAUCCAUCAAAUAACUUGGUGCGGAACAUACGUCGUUUCUCUCGUUUUUCAUCUGCAUCAUACGGGUCAAAUUUCUUAAGGAUAAUGGGCAUUUCUAAUGCCACUACUCAGCUGCACCCUGAAGACCCAGUAGAUCAUCACGAGCAUAAUUCAUUUUCAGACUACACAGGGUUACCGACAUCAACCAUCCUACUUUCAUCGUUUGUUGACACAGCUGGUGGCACUAAUUCUGCAGGUAUUACUUCCGAAGGGUUCCCUUUAGUCCAUUACCUAUCAUUGGACCAUGAGUCCAAAGCCGCUGUCUUAACACUGAGAGGCACAUGGGGCUUUGAAGAUAUCCUUACUGAUAUGACAUGCGAUUAUGACGAUAUAAUUUGGCUCGGGAGGACAUACAAGGUCCACAAAGGCAUGUUAGCCUCGGCAAGACGUCUUCUGGAAGGUGGUGGAGGCAAGGUCAUGGCCACUAUUAAAUCGGCUCUUGAAGAAUUUCCAGAUUAUGGCGUUAUUUUCUGCGGCCACUCCCUCGGAGGUGGAGUAGCCGCUAUUCUCGCAACACUUAUGUCACAACCCCAACAUCCUGACCUGCCUGGCCCGUCAUUUGUCACAUCAUCAUCGCAACAGGCCAUUACUGGGUUACUCCCCGCCACUACCAAUGAAGGCACGCAGAAUAUCCAUCAACAAACGGGCCAAUAUUCAUUACCUCCUGGACGACCUGUUCAUGUAUAUGCAUUCGGCCCACCUGCUGUCAUGAGCCCACAACUCCGUCUUGCCACCCGCGGAUUGAUAACAACAAUAGUUAAUGGGCAUGAUGUUGUCCCGACCCUUUCUCUAGGUGUAUUGCAUGACUUCCACGGCGUGGCCCUGUCGUUCAAGCGCGAUGUCGCCGACGCUAAGUCUCAAGUCAAAGCCAGGGUGUGGGAUGCAAUCACGCGCAGCAUUGCUAACAAGCUAAACAUGGAUAACCCAUCUUCAAUACACGCUGGUGACGGUCUAGGUGAAGACUCGUGGGCAUGGAACACCCUUAAAUCCCUGCGGGAAGGCCUCACAGCUACAAAACUGUUGCCCCCUGGCGAAGUAUUCGUUGUUGAAACAAUGCGUGUUCUCCAGCGAGACGCCUUCUCAGGAGAUAUGGUUGCAGGAGAUGGCUAUCCUCGCCUCGGGCGGCCCGCCACCCGGGUUCAAUUAAAAUACAUCCGAGACGUGGAAAAGAGGUUUCGGGAGGUCAAGUUUGGCUCCGGUAUGCUAUUGGAUCAUAGUCCAGCAAGGUACGAGUCAAGUCUGGCGAUCCUAGCUCGAGGAGUCCUUGAAGAUGAGUGA